AUGCCUGCAUUUAUAAGAUGCAAGAGUGGCCGAGCUGGAUGGCUUGCGAUCAUGGCCGCGCGGGCACCUACCAUAAUAAAUACGGUGAGUUUGACAUCAGGACCAACUACCAUCGGCCUAAAACAUAGGUCCAUGCAUGUCAAGAGUUCCUGAAGCAACGGCCCUACCUCGUCGGUCUACCUUUUGAAUGGUCUGUCUAGAGAGUUUUGAGCGAUCGGAUUUUGCGCAGGCCAUGGGAAUAAAGUUUACGCGCCGAACACUCGACUUUUGUUUGCAGACUCAUUCAUGCCCGAAAGAGGCUAUUCGAGGUUGCAGAGCAAAAAUGAGCGACUAUCUCUGUGGCGUCUGGAGAACUCCAUGCUGACUCAUACCCAGUGACGAUUGGUUUUUCACCAAGAACGGCCUUUCGUUGCAUAGCAGUUUUUGGCGAAAUUAGAAAUAGAAAUGAUGUAUUUCGACGUCAGGU